AAAUCAGCCCUAACUAAAUUUAAAAAGUAAAAAAGAAAAUAUUAAUAAUAUUAAAAAAUUCACCAAAGAGCAAGCAACGUUGCUGUCAGUUUAUCUCUAAUAAAAAAAUGACACGUGUCCCAUAGAAAACGUCCCGCCUUUUUUCCUUGCUCUUUCUUGAACCUAGACAGGAUCUGUUUUUGAAGAACUCCCAUUGAAAAUCUCUUCACAUUCCUCUAUCUCACACCCAUACUGCUGUCAGCAUUGAGGCUUUAUCUGGUUUCCACUGUGGGAAUUGGCGUUACAUUGAGUGCAGUGAAAGACAGUUCUGAAGAAAUAGAUUGACUGUUGUCUGAGAAUAAGCUGAAAUCCAUGGCUAGGAAGAAAGUUGAUGAUAAGAAAAAAUCUAACGAUGUGGACUCGAAAAAGGAUGAUGAGGAGAAAAGUAGCAGUAGGGUUUUAAGAUUGGGAAAUGCCAGCAAAGGAAAGGGAAAGGCAGAUGAGAAGGCCAAGGGGAAGAAACCAAUGAUGAGGACAGGGGGCAUAGUAAUCCACGAUGUGUCUGAAGAGGGUGAAAAUGCUGGUAAGAGAAAAGCUCGUGAGAAAGGAGACAGAAUUGUAGGCACAAAGGAAAAAGGGAAGGGAAAACUUGUAGAAGAGGAGGGAAAGGCAAAGAAGGCCAAAAUUCGGGUAACAAGAAGAACUGCUGACAAGGAAAUUGGAGAGUCAAGCAUGUCUUCAGCUAACAAAAGUCCAUAUAAUCUACGGGCAAGAAAGGCGAUUCCCUCUUUUCAGAGAGUCGGGUUGAGUGAAAAUGGCUUUGUCCAUGUUGUGGGGAAGAGAGUGAAGGUGUUCAAGUCUGAAUUACGGAAAUGGAUUACAGGGCAAAUCAAAUCAUAUAAUCAGAAAAAGAAGCUUCACAAGGUUUUGUAUGAUGAUGGUGAAUCAGAGGAAGUGGAUCUGCAGACGCAACGUUUUGAGGUUGAACUUAUGCCUGGUGAAGCCUCGACUUUAUGUUUGAAACAUAAGCCCGAGAAGUGAAGUGCAUUAAUGCCACGAUGCAAGCUGUUCACAAAUAGGUGAUUGUUGUACAUUGGAGAAACAUUUGAAAUGUGCAUGCUGUUAUUCACCAAUUUUUGGUAUGUAAUACUUGGAAUUCACUAAUUUUUGGGAUGUAAUACUUUGGUAUAGUUUCACUAAGUACUGCGGGGGUCUUAAUCCAGCAGUAGAUACUAGAUAUAACUUUGAUGUCUUCCUAGUCCGGCAGUAGAUACUAGAUAUAAUUUUGAUGUUUUCCUUUGACUUGACUCAGUUUUAACUGUAACUGUCUUUUUUGCAUUCAUUUCCAAAAACAAAAGGAUGUAAUAUGCUUCAUUUGUCAGGUUAAAUAGAAAAUGAAACUACCAUAUUGCUUGAGCCA